AUGCGUCCUCGACCGCGCCCAGCGUCGCAGCAUGGCGCCAACCAGCAGACCCGCCCCGCCGGCACGCGCCCGACUCGUAAAGUAUUCAACUGCAUCGUCGACGACUCCGCCCUGGUCGCCGGCGUCAAGAAGAGCACUAGGAACGGGAUUCGGCAAUGGGUCAAGAAUGGACAGAUCCGCCUCUUUGUGCCUCUGCAUGCGUUGGAGGAGUUAAGCCUCCAGAAGGGUGGUAAGAAUCGCCACGCCGAAGACGUUCGCGAGACCCUACAGUGGCUCGAUGAAGCCACUACCAAGCACCCGAAUGUAGUGACGCUUCAGGGUGCGGAUGAGACGUACGAGCGAUGGGCAGAAGUCGAACGCUUUGCCGUUCCUCGCACACUCUUUUCUGAGAACGACCACGACCUCGAGCCGGAACUCGAGUCGAAUCCAGCUCACGAUGACAACCCGACAAAGCGGACUUCCAUCGAUGCUAACUUGAAGACUCCCACAAGCUCAGUUGCCACCGACAUGAGCCGUUCAGCCUCGCCGUCCUCGUUGAAGAGCAUGCAAUCAAGCACAAGCCCUCUCUCACCACCUACUAGCCCAGCCAAAGCUGUCAUCUCCCCCGUUCAGAAUAUGCGAUCCCUCGUCGCACCGAGCAGCCACCCACAAUCAUCCAGUGCCAGCGUCCCAAACCCUCUACAGCCGCUCUUCAACUACAUUCUCUGGCGCAUUCAUCAAGAGACUGAUCCAGUCGCCGCUCUCGAGUCCUUCAUUUUCCUCUGCAACGACCCACGAAAAGUCAAUUAUGCCAAGGGGUUUGACAUUAAGACGAAGCGACUGGAGCAGCUUCGCGAAGCCGUGGGAAGAGAAGACCGCGACUUCAAGAACCGUCAAGCCAUGCUCGCUCGCGAGAACCAGAACGUCAACACGACCGCUGCCGAGGACGUAGAAAAGGAGAGUGAUGGCGACGAGAUCCCAACCAAGUCGUCGCCGCCAAAAGCACCAGCUGCAAUGUUGAACAAGCAGCAGUCUAACGUCAUUGACCCCGAUGCCUUCAGUCGUGGGCCGCCACCGAAAGGUGCUGGCGUGGUGGACGUUCCAAAUGGAGCACCCAAGUCCCCCCGCGUCAACCCUGCGACCCAGCAGCGUGGCUCACCACGUGCGGUCAAUGCCCUGCCAUUUGCUCCACGAGGCGCUCGUGGCAAUGUCCACGGCAACUUCCGUGGAGGUGCCAGAGGGCGUGGAGCUGGACGAGGUGGAUUCGCCAACGGCCCUACCACAACGAACGCCAACGCACCUGCCAUCGAUCCGAAUAGCUUCACCAGACCAGACCCACGAGGUGGUUUCCACGGCGCUCGUGGCGGUAGAAAGCUCUGGGUCCCGACGUGA